GAUUCUGAUCUGCCAAAAAUUGGAAAUAAAAAAGUUAGCAAAUAGCCAAGAUUGGUGCCAAGCCAUCCGUCUCUCAUCCGAUUUCCUCGCAUUUCGUGCACUUUCUAACCAAACUGAACUUUCACCAUCGCUCUGCUUUGAUCCGAUCUCUUCUUCUCUGAGGUUCUUACAUCACUUUUUUCUUCUUUAUUUUGCUCUGCCAUUUCACUAUGAUUUCGUUUUCAGUGCAUUGAUUCGUGCUUUGCGCUUUUCCCGAUACGAUAAAUCCCUCCUUUUAUUUCUCUUUGAUUGCGAACUAGGGUUUUGAGUGCUCUAUAUUGAUAAUUAAAUGCUACAAGUGUUAUCAUAGACAUAUUCAUCAUUUGGAGUUUUCAGGGGUUUUUCCUUCUCUUCUUAACAUGUGUUUUGUCGGUGUGUGUUUCUAGUUUUGUCAUUAUAUGGAGUAGAGGAGGUCCGUGGAGCUGAGUUGAGUUGUUUCUAGCAGAGAUCUGUCAUUGUUUCAAUUAAUUUCCCUUUUUCCAGCAGGACACGGUUUGAAUCUGCUGUCUUUGAUUGGAUUGGCAAUUUGCAUUGGGCUCGUUGCUCUCUUUGUCUUCUCUUCAUUUCUUCUUCUUCUUUAGAUGAAUUCUGUUUAUGCCCAAAUUGAAUACGAAACAAGAUUGUAGUUAGCAACGCGAGAUAUGAUUUUGUUACAAAUUAACCCGAACAACAAUUUCUUUGGUGACGGGAAUCUAAGAACAAGACAGAGGGCACCCUUUACUGCCUUCACCUGAUUGUUCCUGUAUGGUGGAGCAUCGCCUAGGUACUUCUGCUCACUGUUUGCCUUCCUUUUGUUGCCUUGGUUGCAAUGUGUCUUUCUCUUCUUCCUCAUGAGUCUCGGGACUAUUUUCUUUAUUUAGAAAACCAACAGGAAGAGCAUCGUGAAGAAACUGCUACCUUUGAGACGUCUUGCCUCUCUUGCGCGCCCCCUUGCUGUUGUUGCCUCAAAAUAGUUGUAGUCUGCUGACUGUCAUUCCUGUCAGCGGUUCUCAUUGGAAUGCCCUGACAAGGAUCGUGGGGUUCCAUGGAGCUGCAAAACAUCAGUAACACUUGUACAAGCAUUGAUAUUUCCAGGAGUUCAUCUCUGGCACAAGAAAAUUUGAGUAAGCCUCAGAGGAUCCGCAACAAAAGUGUGGAUUUAGGUGAUAAUCUCCUGUAUUCGGAAGAUCCAAGGGUGAUCUACAUUAAUGAUCCUAGGAGAACUAAUGACAAAUAUGAGUUCACUGGGAAUGAAAUUCGGACUAGCAAGUAUACACUUGUAACCUUCUUGCCCAAGAAUCUUUUCAUUCAGUUUCAUCGAGUGGCUUAUUUGUAUUUCCUGGCUAUUGCUGCUCUCAAUCAACUUCCACCUCUAGCAGUCUUUGGGAGAACUGUCUCUCUUUUCCCACUCCUGUUUGUGCUUUGUGUCACGGCAAUUAAAGAUGGUUAUGAGGAUUGGCGGAGACACAGGUCAGACCGGAAUGAAAACAAUCGAGAGGCAUUAGUUCUACAGGCAGGGGAAUUUCAAAUGAAGAAAUGGAAAAGGAUAAGAGCUGGAGAUGUUGUCAAGAUCCAUGCUGAUGAGACAAUUCCUUGCGACAUGGUUUUGUUCGGGACAAGUGACCCCAGUGGACUUGCCUACAUCCAGACCAUGAAUUUGGAUGGCGAAUCAAAUCUGAAGACAAGAUAUGCUAGGCUGGAAACAGCUUCUUCAAUAUUUGAAGGUUGUAAUGUAUCAGGGUUGAUCAGAUGUGAGCAGCCUAAUAGGAAUAUUUAUGAGUUCACAGCCAAUAUGGAGUUCAAUGGACAUAGAUUUCCCCUCAGCCAAUCAAACAUUGUUUUGCGGGGUUGUCAGCUGAAAAACACUGAUUGGAUAAUAGGUGUGGUGGUUUAUGCUGGGCAGGAAACAAAAGCAAUGCUAAAUAGUGCAAUUUCCCCUUCAAAGCGAAGCAAAUUGGAAAGCUACAUGAACAGGGAAACACUCUGGUUGUCCGUUUUCCUUCUUGUCAUGUGUUCUGUUGUUGCUGUUGGUAUGGGACUUUGGCUCCAUCGUCACAAGGACGAACUUGAUACCUUACCUUAUUACAGAAAAACAUAUCUAAGAAACGGAAAGGAGAAUGGUAAAACAUACAGAUAUUAUGGGAUCCCUAUGGAAACGUUUUUCUCUUUUUUAAGUUCCAUUAUUGUCUUUCAGAUAAUGAUACCAAUCUCUCUUUAUAUUACUAUGGAGUUGGUUCGCUUGGGACAGUCUUAUUUCAUGAUUGAAGAUAAGCACAUGUAUUGCAGCAACUCUGGCUCAAGGUUUCAAUGUCGAUCCCUGAACAUAAACGAGGACUUGGGUCAAAUACGAUAUGUGUUUUCUGACAAAACAGGGACACUUACUGAGAAUAAAAUGGAAUUUCGAAAAGCAAGUGUCUAUGGGAAAGAUUACAGAAGCUCCAAUCUUAGAGAUGACGUACUACAGGAUGAUGACAUCAGAGCUGUUUCAAGCAGAUGGAAGCUAAAGUCUGAAAUAUCUGUUGAUUCUGAACUAAUGGAUUUGUUGCAUAAAGACAUGGCUGGAGAUGAAAGAAUUGCUGCACAUCUGUUCUUCCUCACUCUGGCUGCAUGUAAUACUGUGAUCCCAAUUGUUUCUAAGGAUGCUUCUUCUGGUCAUGUAAGAAGUGAUUCAUGGGGAGAGGUGAAAGCUAUUGAUUAUCAGGGUGAAUCUCCUGAUGAGCAAGCACUAGUUUCUGCAGCCUCUGCUUAUGGGUAUACUCUCCAUGAACGAACAUCAGGUCAUAUUGUGAUCUAUGUCAAUGGUGAUAAACUAAGGUUGGAUGUUUUGGGGUUGCAUGAGUUUGAUAGUGUACGCAAGAGAAUGUCAGUUGUUACAAGAUUUCCAGACAACACGACCAAGGUGUUAGUGAAAGGUGCUGAUACCGCAAUGUUCAGCAUUUUAGCAAGAGAAACUGAGAAGGAUGAUCAGAUUAGACAAGUAACUCAUAGUCAUUUGACUGAUUACUCGUCAGAAGGUCUCCGCACUCUUGUAGUUGCUGCAAAGGAUCUUACAGAUGCGGAACUUGAGCAGUGGCAAUGCCAAUAUGAAGAUGCAAGCACUUCUUUAAUUGACAGAGCAGCAAAACUACGUCAAACAGCAGCCUUAGUAGAAUGCAACUUAAACUUACUUGGUGCUACUGCAAUUGAGGAUAAGCUACAAGAUGGUGUACCAGAAGCCAUUGAGGCUCUUCGGCAAGCAGGAAUAAAAGUUUGGGUUCUGACUGGAGAUAAACAGGAAACAGCAAUUUCUAUUGGACUCUCAUGUAAACUUCUGACUGCAGAUAUGCUGCAAAUAAUCAUAAAUGGCAAUUCAGAGGAAGAAUGCAGAAAUCUUUUGACUGAUGCAAAGACCAGACAUGGAGUGCAACCAGCAAGUAGAAAAAAUGAAAACUCAAAAAGAAGCAAUAAUCCAGAAAAUGGUUAUCUUGAGAUACCGGAUGAAGCAAAAUCUUCCAAUGUGCUACAGCCACGAUCUGGAAAGGAAGAACCAGAUGUUUGUGCACCCUUGGCACUUAUAAUCGAUGGAAACAGCUUGGUCUAUAUUUUGGAGAAGGAUUUAGAAUCAGAUCUUUUCGACAUUGCAACUUCCUGUAAGGUAGUACUCUGUUGUCGUGUUGCGCCAUUGCAAAAAGCUGGGAUUGUGGAUCUAAUCAAAAGCCACACUGAUGACAUGACGCUAGCUAUCGGUGACGGGGCUAAUGAUGUUUCAAUGAUCCAGAUGGCGGAUGUUGGUGUUGGAAUAUGUGGUCAAGAAGGACGGCAGGCUGUGAUGGCAUCAGAUUUUGCUAUUGGCCAGUUUCGGUUUCUGAAAAGAUUACUCUUGGUGCAUGGUCAUUGGAAUUAUCAGCGCGUUGGUUACUUAGUUCUUUACAACUUCUAUCGCAAUGCUGUUUUUGUGUUGAUGCUAUUCUGGUACAUAUUAUGCACAGCCUUUUCAACGACUUCUGCAUUAACAGAUUGGAGUAGUGUGUUUUACUCUGUUAUUUAUACAUCUGUCCCUACUAUUGUUGUUGGCAUUCUUGACAAGGACUUAAGUGAUAAGACACUCCUAAAGUAUCCUAAACUUUAUGGUGUGGGGCAUAGACAUGUGGCAUAUAAUCUGCAACUCUUUUGGAUAACAAUGAUUGACACACUAUGGCAGAGCCUUGUUCUAUUCUAUAUACCACUUUUCACAUAUAAGGAGAGCUCAAUUGAUAUAUGGAGCAUGGGCAGUUUGUGGACUAUAGCAGUUGUUAUUCUUGUUAAUAUACACCUGGCGAUGGACAUUCAGCGUUGGGUAUUCAUUACUCACGCAGCAGUGUGGGGAUCAAUAAUUAUCACAUAUGUUUGUAUGGUUGUAUUGGAUUCAAUACCUAUCUUCCCAAAUUACUGGACAAUCUACCAUGUGGCAAAGUCACCCACCUAUUGGCUCACCAUUUUGCUUAUAAUAAUUGCGGCUUUACUUCCUCGCUUUCUUUUCAAAGCUAUACAUCAGAAUUUUUGGCCUUCAGAUAUCCAAAUAGCCAGAGAAGUAGAGAUUCUAAGAAAAGUGACCUAAUUUGAGGGACAGAUGAAGAUUCUAGUUAACAUGUACAUUACACCCUGUUUUGAAAUGGUUACUUCUAUCCAUCAUAUGGCUGUCCUGUGGCAUGCAAUUGUAAUUUAUGGUAAGCACAUACUCCAAUCCUCUUGUGUUACGAAUUU